AUGCAAGUUAAUACUAUCAAUCUCUUGACAUGGCUCCUGCUGGUGGUAGCACUCGUCUGGAGCUGGCAAUUCGACGGAGCUGUGGCCAUGCCACAGGUUGAACAGCGCCAUGAAACCUGCGAUAAUGAGCGGCGAUACGAGAAUCAGGUCAUGUGCGAGGGCAAAGCGUUUGGCGCACUGGUGCCAUAUCCGGAUAAUUGUGGCCUCUUUCUCGUCUGCGAUUGCCUAUAUCCCACGGUGAAGCAAUGUCCUGCCGAGCUCUGGUGGGAUAAUUCCACUCAGAUAUGCAAUUAUCCGCAGUCGGUGAAUUGUGUGUACUACACGAUUGAAACACCCGAGCCCACGGAUGGAACUACGAGAAUUACACCCGGAAUUAUCACUGAAUUAACAACUUUGAGUACUCCAAGAGUUACCGCACAACCAACGACUUUGAGCACGCCAAAAGUCACCAAAAACCCAACAACUUUGAGCACUACAAAAGUCACGGACGUUCCCUGCAUAACACCCACUACAUUACCUCCUACAUCCAGCUGGGAUCCGCCACCACCGCCGCCUGGCACUCCCGAUGAUUUCUGUAGACCGUAUCCGGAUGGUUCGGUGCAUCGUUAUCCGUACGAUUGCCAGGCGUACAUCAACUGCACCCAUGGCUGGCCUGUGCUCAACUAUUGCAUACAGGACAAGGUCUUCAAUGAGUGGCUUCUAAUCUGCGAUACUCCCGACACAACCGAAUGUGAGGAGCUGCCGUUGCCCACCGUCAAACCAACCGAAACUGUGCCGACAACUACCACUACAGAGAUCAGUCCAACUUCUACCACGACAGAGUUGGAUCCAACUUCCACCACAGAAGCGGACGAUGUAGAGUGCGGACCCACUCCAGAGUUUGUGGAUGAGGAUUACUGCCAGCCUUUGGGUAAUGGUUUCUACGAGUAUCCCUACAAUUGCAGUGCGUAUCUCUCAUGCCGCAAUGGCUGCACGGACUUGGAUUAUUGCAUAUCGGAUAAGUUGUUCAAUUCAUGGCUGCACAUCUGCGAUACUCCCGACUCUGUGCACUGCGAUCCACUGCCAUAUCCCACAGUUCCACCAACUUCCACGACUCCUGCAAGUACGACAACUUCUGUGGAUGUUUCCACGACUGAUGGCACCACUGCCACCACAGAGUCAGCCACGAGCACCACGCAGGGACUGCCCUCCGAUGUGAAUCCGAAUGAUUGUAAUGGUCUGCCCGAUGGUAGUCGAUUGCCAUAUGCUGGCAACUGUUCGCAGUUCCUUCUCUGCAAGGACAAUCGUGUGGAGAUGGGUCAAUGUCCUCCUUCGACGCUUUUCAAUCCGGAUUUCCUAAUCUGCGAUGAGGCUGAUGAUGUCUUGUGCUAUGGCGAUCGCACCACCACACCGAUACCCACGACAACAACCACUGAGGCAACCACACCCACGCCCACCACAACGACAACGAAGGCCACAACACUGGGACCCGCGGAGCUGUGUGCGGGGCAGGAUGUGGGAACCUCCUAUCCGUAUCCCGAGGAUUGCUCACAAUACUAUUUGUGCCUGGGAGGUUCACAAUGGGUACUGGCGCCCUGCAUUUAUGGCAGCUACUUCGAUCCCAAGACAAUGAAUUGUGGUCCCAAUGUCUCUCCGACAGCCUGCCAAGAAGGAGAAGCAACGACAGCAGCGACCACAACCACCGAGAAGAUAACCACUCCCACACCCACAACGGAGAAACCCUCGACAACUCCUGUUGCAACAACGACAACAACUCAAGAACCAUCGGGUGGCAUUUGCGGUGACCGAGAUGAGGGUGAAAAUAUCGCCUAUCCCAAGGAUUGCAACAAAUACAUCGUCUGUGUGUCGCCCAUACCCAUUGCCUUCUACUGCCCAGCGGGAUCCUACUUUAGUUCCAAGUUCCAAAACUGCGCCAGCUGGGAAGACAGCGAUUGCGAUCAGGAUGCCAGCACCACAACGGCAAGCCCAGGCAUAACCCAACCACCACUGGAGCCAACGAUAUGCACAAACAGCAGCCGCGAUACCUUUCCCUAUCCGGACAACUGUCAGUGGUUCAUUCGCUGUGUGGAUGACUACAUCUACAUGAUGGACGUCUGCAACUGCGGGGAGUACUACGAUCCUAUUAGCGGCAAGUGCGGAGCAGAUGUUCCAUCGGAUGCCUGUCGCUGGGACUAUACAUCCACCACGACAACCACUAGUGAACCGACCACCAGCACAGCGGUGACCAGGCCGCCGCCGCAGAAGAACCCCUGCGACAAUGUUGCGGAUGGUGUUUUGGUGCCGUAUCCCAAUGAUUGCUCCAAAUACAUCAAAUGCGAUCGCCCCAUAGCAACGGCUUUCGACUGUGACGAGGGGGAUGAGUUCAGUGUGGAGCUGGGAAAGUGUGUGGACGCUGCUAUCGCCGGUUGUUCAGUUACAACCACUGUCAAUCCUUGGGGAUCGACAACGCCAACAAUACCAUCGACAAAGACAACCACAGGGGAUUCUUCAACAGAUUCUUCGACAGAAUCCUCAACGGAAUCAUCUACAGAUUCUUCGACGGAAUCGUCAACAGAUUCCUCUACUGUCUCUUCCACUGAUGCUUCCACGGAAUCAUCAACAGACUCUUCUACAGAUUCCUCUACAGCUUCAUCAACCGUUUCAAUCACCACUCCAGAGCCAGAUUCUACUUCAACAGCGCCUGGAACAACCACCACAGAUUCACCAACAACACCCAAACCAUCUGGCGGAGUGUGUGAGGGCAAAACGGAUGACUCUCUGGUGCCGUAUCCCAACAACUGCAGCAAAUAUAUCAUGUGCCAAUACCCUAUACCUGUGGCCUUUGACUGUGACGACGGUUUGGAGUUUAGUCCAACAGAAUUACAAUGCAUGAAUCCUGAUUUGGCAAAUUGUAGUCCAAAGGUGACGACGCCAGCAAUACCAACAUCUACGACUAAGGAACCAUCAACAACUGGGUCGACAACGGAGUCUACCACUAAAGAGCCUCCAACGGGGUCUACUACAACAGCGCCCACAACAACUGAGCCCUCAACAACAGAGUCUACAACUAAAGAACCUUCCACAACAGAGUCCACAUCAACUGAGCCUUCGACAACAGAGUCUACGACUAAGGAACCGUCAACAACAGAGCCUACAACGGAGUCUACAACUAAAGAACCUUCCACAACAGAGUCCACAUCAACUGAGCCUUCGACAACUGAGUCUAUGACUAAGGAACCGUCAACAACAGAGGCUACAACGGAGUCUACCACAACAGCGCCUGCCACUAAAGAACCUUCCACAACAGAGUCUACAACAACUGAGCCUUCAUCAACCGUGUCUACAACGGAGUCUACUACUACGGAGUCUACUACUACAGAGUCUGCAACAACCGAGCCAUCAACAACAGAGUCAACAACCAGGGAGCCUUCAACAACAGAGUCUACAACAACCGAGCCCUCAACAACAGAAUCUACCACAAAAGAACCUACCACAACAGAGUCCACUACCUCAGAGCCCUCGUCUACCGAGUCUACUACACAUGAGCCCUCAUCCACUGCCAAGGAACCAACUACUUUGGACCCCUACACCCCCAACAUUUGCUGUGGCCAUCCUCUUGGAACUCUGCUGCCAUAUCCGAAUGAUUGCAUGCGCUAUGUGGUGUGUGAUUAUCCCAUUCCUUAUGCAGUCGAUUGCGAUGGGGGAACUUUCUUCAAUGAGAGCUUGCUUCAAUGUACAGCCAUGCCAACGGAAAGUUGCAUCUACAAAAGAAGAUAA